AUGAGUGUUGUGUCAUUUUUGGGAGUUUUCGAGAUUUCGGCGAUCCCCGCCAUUCCCCACCGUCCAGCUCUCCUCCCCGAGGUCACCUCUCCCUGCUCACCAUCUCCACCGACCGGUUUCUCUCCUCGCCCAGGAGAGUCCCGCCUCCUCGCCGCCAAGGCCGCCGCCGCCCGCCGCCUCGAGCGGCGCCGCCUCCUCCUCGAGCACCGCGCCAUAGACCUCGCCUCCCGCGCCCUCGCCGCCCGCGCUGACAUCAAUGCCACCCACGCGCGCCGCCUCGCCGUCGCCCGCGACAUCAGCUCGACCAACGGCGAGAUCGAGGACGCGCGGCAGAAGGCGGAGGAGUGGGACCGCUUCUAUGAGUCCAAGAGGAAGGAGAUGGAGGAGUUCCGACCGUCGUCUCCACAGCCUCCAUCCACCCCGGCCGCAGCCACUUCUCAACCCCACGAGCAGCCUCCUGGCCUAGUUCCUCAUCACCGUUCUCCUCCCGGUCCCUGUCCACCUCCGCCUCCACCUUGUGGUCCCAGAGGCGACGAUUCCCCGUCGCCUCGGCCGCCGUAGAGCUCUGCGAGGCCGCCGCGGGUGGUGGAGACUCCGUCCGCGUCAUCAAGACACCGCAGCCCAACUCAAGUGUUAGCCCCAACUUUGCUCAAUUAACUACCUCUCUGGUUGUAUAUGAGUUGGAGAGUCGCGUAAUUCUGUAAUGUGGGAUGUUGUCUUAGUUUCUGUGCAAUGAGUAGACUAGAUUAGGGGAUAAACUGAUGAAUUGAUGCUUGAUUCUGAUGGUCGUGGAGUGCUGCUUUGCAGGUUAAGUUUAGCGUGGAGGUGCCUCCCUUGAUAUGCCAGGAGUGCUACCAAACAACUCUUCUCGAGUACUCAAAGCGUUUUGAGGUACCAUUUCUAUGCUAAAACCUGUAUCAAACGAAGAACAUUGGAAUUCGUGAGGACAAACAUUAUGCAAAGAGUUACAAAGCACAUCCAGGAAUGUGGGCUUAUGCCAAAGCUUAACGAGUACACGUUCAGUAAUCAUGAACUGCAGAUACAGAGUUCCGGGCGAUGUCACAGCGGGAGCUCGUCAGGAAGUGCAGAGGCUCAAGGCCUCUGUGUCUCACCUGCAGACAGCCCUGCAGGAGCUGCAGAGCAGCGGGUUGCACUCGGAAGACGCCGGGAUUGGGGCUGCGGAAGCUAGGAAGGCCGACCUCAUGGAUAAGAAGGCCAAGCUGGACGAGACCCUGGCUGCAGCCCGCCAGUUCAGAGCACUGCUUCGGCAGUAGCUCCAGAAAGCCUUCACGUCACAGGUUAGGGAUCAAAAGGCAGCACAGAACUGACUAGUUAUGUGGUACAAGCAAAACGACAUUCAUUAGCUAGCUCAUCAAUCGCUUCGGAUUAAGGAUGCAAUGCAAGUGUGGCGGGCUAGUGGACAGUAACAUAGUAGUACAAAUGUAGUGUUACUUUUAGGCAAAUGUUGAGCAAAUUUUGAACUAAUGGAUGAGUUUCAUGGGACGAAGCGGGCUGCCACUUGCACUCCUCCUACUGAUGAAACGAACUUCAAAUGACUCUACAUGCAGAUACAUGCUUUUUAUUUCAGUCUUGUUUAGAGGAGGCCCCGGUAGUGUCGAGCUGCUGUUGCUGCGGGCACAGCGACGUCGGCGUGGUCGGGAUGGUCGCAGCCCUUCAAAAUUCUCAACGGCGGCGUCUCGGCGCUGAUGGCAGAGUCGACGGCGAGCAUCGGCGGGUACAGAUGGAGUAGGAGGACGAGCAACAACAGCAAAUCAGCCUGAUGAUGACGGGGUGCGGAAGGCAAUGGUGAUCAUGCUGAUGGCAUGAAGAAGGCGAAUGACCACAACCUGGACCUUUUGGCAUUUAGAGAUGGCAAACACAGGCGGCGCGGAGACAACAACCUGGACCACCCACCCCCCUUGCCUUUUUAAUUUUGGUUGUGGUGGUUGCAUCACCGUCGCGGUCGCAAAUCAGUAUGUAGUGUGCUUGUGGAGUUGGGUCUGGACUGCAGUGUCCAUCCAGUAGGUUAGGUGUUGUUGCUACUAGAUCCCAUGAUGCUCACCUAAGUUUUGUGUUAUGUGGAGGCCAACCUUUGUGAUCUUAUUUGUCGACACUUGUGUGAUCUCGUCUUACUUUGUGAUACAAGUUGUACAAUAUAUAUGUUUUUAUGGAUGA